AUGGCCAAGGUGAACUUGAAAGCAUUCCAGCAGGUGCUGCAGGAGUCAAUCCAGCUUGAGGACCAAGCUUGGAUAUACGAGGCUCCACGUCUGCCCCCCGCGUCAAAGACCAAUCACGAGAACUUGAUCAAGUCCAUCUCUCUGAUCUCGAACAGUACCAAACAUGAGAUGACGCUGAGAUUACAGCAAUACUCACCAAACCGAGCAAUAAUAGGCCGUCUAGAUCAGUUCAUCAGCAUCUCCUUCGCCGAUUUCAAGCUACGAGUCCCCAUACUUACCACCGAUGCAGCAGAGGAGCAAAGAAGUAAGCCAGCGACAGCCCGAGAAUCAUCCGAUUACAUUGUCAGGCUUCUUAGAGCUGGCAUACACCUGAAUAGUAUUCACUACAACUUCUAUGGUCACAGCAACAGUCAAUUGAAGUCGCGAACAUGCUUCCUCUAUGCUGCGCCGGCACCAGAAGUUUCGAAACUGGUUGAGGGCUUGGGUGAUUUUACGAAGAUGAAGACCGUAGCCAAAAAGUCCAAGCGGAUUGGACUCCUGUUCUCGGUUGCCAAAACUGCCAUCAAUCUGGACCCUUCCCGCUGUCAAGAUAUCCCAGAUAUUGAAGCCCAGGAUUACAUUUUUACCGAUGGAUGUGGGUUGAUAUCGAAACACCUCGCUCAUGAGCUCUCAAGGAUCUUGAAAAUCGCGUUCCGAAAUAUGAGAUACACCCCAUCGGUAUUCCAAAUACGAUAUCGUGGUUACAAAGGUGUGCUCAUGUUAGAUUCGCGCAUGGAAAUUCAGACUUGGGUGAAAUUCAGGAAGUCGAUGAAGAAGUUUCAUGGAGGUGAUGAUCAUUCUUUUUCGGUUGUCGAGCAUUCAAAGCCCUACUGUUUUGGCAAUUUGAACGAUGAAGUGGUACUUUUGCUUCACUCACUUGGGAUUCAAGAAUCCACUCUUCUCCGAAAGCAAGCAGAGCACCUUGAAUUUCUUUCAAACGCCACACAGCAUCCGAUACCAGCAUUUCGCUUUCUUACGUAUAUAAACAAGCCGGAGCUUGCAGAGAAAGUCUUGAUCGAUGGUUUUGAAACCGUACAACAAACCAUAACCAAGCUUGUGAAUUCCGAGUAUGACCGGAUGAUCAACAAGAGAGACGAACAGAGAUGCCGGAUAUUGAUUCCAAAUUCGAGGCUACUCUUUGGCAUCUGUGAUGCAUGGGAUGUGCUAAAGGAAGGAGAAUGUGCAGUGAAAGUUACGAUGGAUGGAAAUGGCCAACCUUACACGCUGAAAGGCAUGGAUGUUUUAGUUACGAGAAAUCCGUGCUUACAUCCAGGAGAUUUGCAAAAGCUCAAGGCUGUGGAACGAGAUGAACUUUCCCAUCUUGUUGAUUGCAUCGUAUUCCCCACUCGCGGAACGAGACCAACGGCUGAUUUGAUGUCUGGAGGGGACUUGGAUGGAGAUACAUUCUUCGUUUGUUGGGACACCGAUCUGAUCCCAGAAAAGGUCUCCGAAGCGGCUCAGUACCCAGGCGGAAAAGAAGCUGUCACCUUCAAGCCUAUUACUGAUGAUGAUCGUCUUGUCUACUUUGCCAAAUAUACGAAUGCAUCACUGGGAAGAGUCAAGAAUCUUUACCUAGACUGGGCAAGAUCCAAGGGUCCCAUGUCUCCUGAGUGCCAACAAUUGAAUCGUCUCUUUUCGAUGUGCGUUGAUGGAAAUCGAAUCAAGGUACCCAACGAUCUUGAAAGCCCCCUUCAACCUUCUCCUCUGGAUCCUCCAUUUAUUCUCGAUGUGCUGCACAAUGAGGCCAAGAAUAUCGUCCAAGCCCGUCAGACCCGCGCUCUCAACUAUGACGGCUUCACUUUCGAUGCGAUGGAGCUUCUGAUGGCACGGGAAAAUAUGGCCAUUUCAGAAUUUGAGCUAAUCAAGCUGACAUACAAAUGGUGUCGAAAGAAUAGGAAUGAUCUCAUGGACCUCCUUCACUUAUUUGACCUCAAUCUCUUGACCGCCGAAGAAAAAUCUUGGACUUUGAAUCAAAUUCCCCCAACCUUUGAAGCUUUGAGCAUGAUUUCCAAUGCGCUCUGCCAAUCCAGCCUCAUAUCAAGCAGAGAGCUGGCACCUUUUAAGCUCGACUACCCAGGCUUGAAGUGGAAAUGUAUCUAUGACUCAACUCGGGACAGACUGGCGACAUUCCUUGAUGUCACCGCAAGAUCUCUGGAACUCUUUCAUCGGAAGCUCAUCGUGAUUCGAGUAGAUGAGCGACUAACUCUAGCGAUAUAUGUGCCCCAAAAGAUUGAACGGGCUGAGGAGUGUCAAGUUGAUAAUCGUGUACGGUUGUUUGCAUUUCCACAUUCCAAAGGAGACGAGUCAUCCUACCGUCAGGCUGUUCCCACCAAGAAGAACUAUCGUCUCUACUGUGAUAGCAACACCUUUCAGCUGUUCGAGCUGAAGCGAGGUAACUCUUGGAUAUUCAUCACGAAAGGUGCAUCGGAUGAUAGUAGUUACCGGAACCAAGAAAGCGCCCGCGCUUGGAGAAAAGGACGACAGGCGACUAUCGACAGCGGGCAGAACUUUGAUUGUAGAGCCAGCAUUGCUCUUGACAAGUUUAGCAGACGAUUGCAAACACAUAUUGGGAGGGUCAAUCGAAAUGGUGUCCUUGGAGCAGAAAUAUAUGUCAUUAGUAACAAAGAUGUGAAAUCGAUGUUGAAUCUCGAUCUUUGGUUGGAAUUUGUCGAUACCAACCAUGUCAUGCCUCUAUUCGAGAAGAAUGCGAAAGAAUACAGCAUUCCGAAGCUGAAAGAUGUCAACUGGAGCGAAGUGCCUGAACACAUCAAGCAAAUCGUCAAACAGAAGCAUUUUACUACCCUCGAUUCUGUAGAUUCGGAAGACCAGUAUACUGAAAUAUUUAGCUGGCUGUCUGAAAGAGCAGAGAAUGGAAUGCUUCUCGAUAUCUUCAAGCAUUUGAUGACACAAUUUGUUAAAGAGGAGUGCAAGGGGAUCUCCAUGAUCCCACUGCGGGCGAUGGUCGCAUUUCUUAGGCGAGCCCCUUUCUUAUCAGUUGCCUUUUCUCGGUCAGAAUCAUGGGUAAAACUCCCCUUGGAUCUUUAUCGCCUCCUGGAAGAAUCAUCACCAGCUAUUCUAAAAGCUCAUAUACUCUCGGCAAAUAGCAUUGGAGAACUCGUGGUAGAGCCAUUCAAGAAGGUUUUGUCACAGAUCGGCUCCAUGUCUUUUGAUAACUUCUCGGACUUGGUUGAGCUCAUGUCGCUGUCUGUUCGGUCUCCUACCAUAGCUUUGGACUUGAUUCUAGGUUGUCUCGAACCAGAAGCUUCGAGACUUCUCUCUGGAAAUCAGGUAUUGGUACAACGAUUUGCGCAAAAUCUCUUCGGAAUCGCUCUUGACCACAUUGACGAGGCAGACGAGUCACACAGGCCAGAAUCUAUGCUCCUAGAAUUGAAGGCAUCCGGAUGGAUGGAUAGUUUCCCUGUCGUGAAGACACGAAUUAGAAUUGAUGCACCCAGUGGGAUGUUUAACACUUCCGACCACGUUCGUUUAACAGUAGCCAAUUCACCUAGUAACAGUGUCACCGCGAAACCCUAUUCUAUGGAUGCGCUCGUCAAAUCAAGCCAACCAGGUUCGGCAGAAUUUCGUUGCUUUCAUCCUUUGCCCCAAUUUCUCGAGGAAUGUUCUUGGGAAAUUAAGAAGUGUGGAUCCUUCGUAACGUCAAAGACUAUGUUUGAUGCAGUUCGCAAUUUCUACUCGCAAAAAGACAAUUGCUGCUCAAUUGCGGACGAAAUUCUUGGAAUUGAGACUUUGAACGUUUCAGACAAACACUUUUCUGCCUAUAAUAGAAUUGCAAGAUUGAACGAAAGCCAAAACCAGGCGGUUGAGACCGCUCUUGAGUAUUCACUAGUGUGCUUGUGGGGCCCUCCAGGCACGGGAAAAACUCACACAAUCGUCGAGAUCAUCAAACAGCUCCAAACGUCAGGAACGAGGAGAAUUUUGGUCACCGCGCCGACCCAUAACGCGGUUGACAACGUGAUGAGGAAGUACUUGGAUGAAGCGGCAAAAGAGGGCCUACUUGGUGGUGCAAACCCACUGCCGCUUCGAGUGUCUACGGAUAUUCGUAAAGUUGCGGGAGAUCUUGUCAAGUAUACCUGUGAUGCAAUGAUGGGGAAAGAACUCUAUACCAGCUACUCUGCCCUAAAUAAAGCUCGUGACCAGAUAAAACGAUGCCAGCUGAUCUUUACGACUUGUAUUGGGUCUGGACUUGGACUCUUACGUUCUGAGAUCUUUGAUACCGUUAUUGUUGAUGAAGCUUCCCAACAAACCGAACCUGCAUCUCUUGUUCCGCUCGUUAAGGGGUGCAGGAAGGCAAUUCUUGUCGGUGAUCAUGUCCAACUUGGAGCCACCAUUCAGAAACAUGCCGUUUUGCAGGGGUUUGAUAUUUCCCUCUUCGAAAGGUUGUAUAAACAGGACACCCAGUCGGGUUCGGUCUUUCGGGAUGGGACAGCCUCCGGUUCGGUCGCAAAGGUAAUGUUAGACACGCAAUACCGAAUGCACUCGUCCAUCUGCGCGUUCAGCUCUCGCGAGUUUUACGAGGGUAAACUCCGGACUGGAAUUUCCAACAACAGCAGACCUCUACCACCGUCCGCGUUUCCAUGGCCUGUCGGUGAGAAGGCAGAGAAAAGGCUCAUAUUUUUAGAAUGCACAACUCCAGAAGAUCUAGGAGGUAAAUCAAAAAGAAACAAGGGCCAAACUGAUUUGUGCAAUAAAAUUUGCACCCUUCUUAACACUGUACCCUCAUCACCUUCAUCCUCCCCGAUACCACCAUCCCCACCAUCCAUAGCAGUCUUGACUCCUUACAGCGCGCAGGUUCUCGCUCUUAAAUCACUCACAUCUCUGUUUCCAAACGUUGAAGUUUUCUCGAUCGACGGUUUUCAAGGAAGAGAAGCAGAUAUCGUCAUUUUCGUCACUGUCAGAUGUAACGUGCAUGGUGAAAUUGGGUUCCUAAAAGACCUGAGAAGGUUGAACGUUGUACUCACGAGAGCAAAAAGGGGAGUUAUCGUUAUUGGGAAUCGGGCGACUUUAGGUGGGGGUGAGGAGGAGGAGGAGGGUACACAAGUUUGGAGGAGGUUAUUGGGUGAUAUGGAGAGAGCUGAGAUCACGGUGGAAAGUUAA